AAAAGUCCCACGACUACUACUAACUACGUGACAAACCUGAUAUAUAUAAAUAUGUUGUAAUUCGCUGUCUAUUAAUCAGUGAGAUCCUUUUGAUAGCUAUAGUGAGUUAUUAGCUAAAUUAAACACUUUUAUUGUGCUCGGUUAUUAAAAGAGUAGUGGUGAUAAUAGUGAUAAUGGUGAAAGGCGCGGGAAGUAGUUGGUUAGUGGAGGACAGCAGGGAGCGCUGUGCUGCAGCCGGAGUGCAGGGAGUGUGGAGUAUGGCAGGGUCAAGAGAAUCGUGGAGGCCACCACGAUUGUGUGAUACCUACUGGAGUGAAUUCAGGCACUGUAAGAGUUUACGGCACCGGUUCCAUCACUACUACACCUAUGGAACAACACCGAUGUGCCAGCAGUGGAAAGAGGACUAUGAGGCGUGCAGGGAGUGGGAGAAGACACAGAGCGCACACGCCAAGGAGUGUCUCCAGAAAAGUGAGAGUAGUCGAGUGUCUGAGCAGAGGAACUUCACUCCAGUUUGGAAGAUGAGAGAUAAACCACCAUCUGACUGGCACACGCCUCUAAAUCAGGACAACCCAGAGGAGUCUUAAGAGCACAAAUUAACUGUACUGUCUCUCUGUUUCUGUCACAAAUAAAAAAAAAACGUCAAAACAUCGAGAAGAACCGAGAACUUUUAUAGCUUUAAAUUGCCGAUAUACACACAUCGUCCUCAUCCAUCACGUGUUCACCAGAAUCAUUUACAACAAAAAACAAAACAAAUCUGUUUUUUUGUCUGUUCACACUGUGAUUUUAAUGCAACUCAUAUCAGACUUCUGUCUGAAUGGUUUGUGAUGUGUUGCUGAUGCACAUGUACAAAAAAAGCAUUGCUUCAAAUUUAUUUUCACAUUAAUCUCAAGAGUUUUGAAGGGGAUUAGGCUGCAUCUGAGCUUAUCACAGAGAAUUUUAUCCUGUUUUCUGUAAAAAUGCCCUGUUAUUCGGUUAUUUCGGUUUUGUCAGUUUUUCUGAUGUUACAGCUGCAAUCUGUAGCCACAUUCGGCCAGCCUGUUAGCACAAGCCUUCUAAUUUUUAUGGGAACAGAGUCAUCAGUCUAAAUAUUUCAGAUGUUUUUACUUCGUUCUUCCACUACUGAAGGGCUCAUCUCACUGCUUUUUCCAUUUUCCCAUCUACUCACUCCCUUCUUUCCCUGUUUGUGACGUAAACGUUGCAUUAAUUACACUGCCACACAAACAGCACACCUGUGUCACAUAUGACGUAAAAGGUUGUAUUUGGGCUUCAUUUACCUGCUGUGUGUCUAAAACCUAAGAUUUCCAGACCAAUGCUUUUCCCUCACUGAUAGACUGUGUCCAGUUUUGCCCCAGUUUUGUUCUGAUUCUGAUACCUAUUCACAUAUUUAACAAAGCAAAAAUCUGAUUCAUGCCCGAUUCCCAUCAUCUGAAUAGCCAAGUUCAUGUAAUUGUGUUGAUCUGAUCACUGACAAACUCUAAAGAUCUAAAUUUCCUUCAGGAUCAAUAAGGUAUCUAUAUAUCUCGGUAAGAUCUGCAGUAAUCAGAUUAUGAAGUGCAUGUAAAUAAAUCUAUCAGUUAUAUAAUCUUGGACACACAGCAUUUUGAAUGGAGAUUUUCCAUUAAAGGGAAAAUAAUGUCUAGAAUUAUAGGCUAUGUAUAUUAAUUACAGACUCUUUUAUGUAUAAAAGUAAGUUUACUGUGUAAAGACUUGAAGUGCUGUGUUCUCUAUGAUCAGAAGUGUGUGCUCACUGACUGAAUGUGUUGCAGUUGAUUAAAUAAACACUCAUCAAUGUCUGUUUAAA